GAUCACCAACGCCCCGGUCGCUGACCUCUGCCUGGUGUGGGCCGUGUGCGAGCAGGACCGGCGGGUGCGGGGCUUCCUCCUGGAGCGGGGCCGGCGCGGGCUCAGCACCCCCCGCAUCCAGGGCAAGUGCUCGCUGCGGGCCUCGCCCACGGGCAUGAUCCUCAUGGAGGACGUGGAGGUGCCCGAGGAGAACGUGCUGCCGGGGGCACAGGGCAUGGCGGGUCCCUUUGGGUGCCUCAACCAUGCGCGCUACGGCAUCGCCUGGGGGGCUCUGGGUGCUGCUGAGGCCUGUUUGGAGACGGCGCGGCAAUACGUCCUGGACAGGCACCAGUUUGGGGGCCCGCUGGCACGGAACCAGUUGGUGCAGAAGAAGCUGGCGGACAUGGUGACCGAGAUCGCCCUGGGGCUCCAAGCCUGCCUUCGCCUCGGGCGCCUCAAGGACGAGGGCCGGGCAGCCCCCGAGAUGGUGUCGAUGCUGAAGCGGAACUCGUGCGGGAAGGCGCUGAGCAUCGCGCGGGAGGCACGGGACAUGCUGGGGGGCAAUGGGAUCUGUGAUGAGUUCCAUGUUAUCCGUCACCUCCUCAACCUGGAGGCUGUCAACACCUAUGAAGGCACCCAUGAUAUCCAUGUGCUCAUCCUGGGCCGGGCCAUCACUGGUAUCCAGGCAUUCGCCCCCCCGGCACCAAGGAGCUGAUGGGGUCACACUGGGGCCAGGAUGGCACCGGGGGGGUGAUGGUGUCACCAGUGGGACCAUGGUGUCACCGGCGGUGGAGGAUACAAGGGGAUGGUGCUGGUGAGUGGGACUGGUGGCA